ACGCGGUCAUAUUAUUUUAUUAGAAAUUCUCAGAAAGUAAUGAGUUCAUAUAUUGAUCCCGACUAUUCUAUAGGUCGCAACCUGCGACAGAGACAAAGGAGAAUAGGCGUUUAUAACGCAAAUGAAGGAAUAGAUUCAGACAAAAAUAAAAGAAAAGGGAAGAAGAAAGGGCAAUGCUUCGGAAAAAAUAGCGCGUAUGAUGAAUACGGAAAUAUCCGCAUCAACGGUCUAGAUAUUUGCGACUGCUUAAAUAAAGAAUGUGAAGGUUGUUGGUAUGAGUGCCGUAGUUGUGGCUCUACCAGAUGUGGUCCUCAAUGCCGCUCAAAUCGAAAGUUCUUCUACGAGGGCAUUACCUAUGAUGGAAAAGACUUAUCUAUGCAUAAUAAAUAUAUUCCAAAAUAAAGUAAUGAAUUAUUCUAUAGGCUUAAGCUACACAAUUGAAUGAAUCGAACAAAACAACCAACUUGUAUAACUCUGUGUAUAUUUAUGUAUGUAUAUCCGGUUAUAUCUAAUUAAAUAAGAAAACUUCAA